CGACAACGCUCGCCGAGAAGGACCACGUCGCUGCCAUUGGCAAUGCAUCGAGGCAAUGAAUGUCCCUCGUGACGCCAGUGAGGAGGUUUUUCGCAAAGGCAUGGAGUUCUACGAUAAAUGGGCCGAAGGAAAGUUGUUGGGCGGAGACGGGAAGACGCCCCUGUCGAAGCCGGGCAAAUACAUGCCAGACAAAUCUCCGGGUCUUCACGCGAUUCCGAAAAUGGGCGCGAAAGGGGCGGCUGGUGAAACGAAGAUGGGGUGGCUGCUCCGGGUCCCGCUACCUCCGACCAAAAAGAAAAUGCAAUCGGACGACAAGUUUUUCGUCGUCGUGAAGGAGCCAGACAUGUUCUGUUGGCAAUCUCUCGCUGACACGACCAAUGCCAAAAAACUGUCGAUCCUCGACGACAUUCUCGCGCUUAAGGGAGUGUUCGUGCAAUCGGAGGGCGGACAUCUUAAACGUCAGCAUAAGCCUGGAAUUAAAGACAUGGUGGCGACGAGGAAAGUGGACCGCAUGAUGCUCCACAUGUUUCACUACAUCUUGUUCCUCAAAUCCGAGGAGGAUGCAAAGGUUUGGCGGUAUAGGAGCCAGUUUUUUCGGACCGAGGAGCAGCUUCUGGCGGAGUUUGCACCGCGGGGCCUCGCGAAACGGAUGUGGGUCGAACUACGAAAGCAUUUCCACGGCGCGGUGGAGUACGUCAACACUUGCAAACGGUGUCUUCUGUACGAGAAGGAGUCCCUCAACAAAACGAAGAAAAUGUACGAUGAUGAGAGGUUCCCUAUAUCUUUCGAGAAGUCCGUCCGCUCCAUCUUGCGACAAACGGAGAAAGAAGUGCAAGACACAAUCAGGGCCCGUGGGGAUGUGAGACACAUCAAAUGGCACAAGAUCAACCGGGUGACCAGCCUUAUUCCUUUUAGUUGUCCAGCUUCCCAGGCUCACACUCGUCUCACUGAGAUCCGCGAGAUUGUGCGACAUUACGUGUACAACUUGUACGUCCUCGAUUUGUGUGAUCCCACACUCCUCUCAGAUUGGCAAGAAGACGAUUUUGCCUCCUUGCAAGGCAUUCUCCAAACCAUUUCGCCUAGGCACUGGGCACUUGUCGUCUUCUUCCCCUCUCGUUGGAAGCUCGGUUUCUUGAAAGGCAUGGCCAAGCUCAGCGUUCAUCAUGUCAGGACAGGGAAGUGGGUGCGUCAUGCACAAAGAAAGGCCACUGUUCGGGAAGGCAAUAUGCUGGUCGAGGAGUAUGAUUGUCUGUACAUGGUUUUCAAUGGCGAGAACCUGGCAGACAACACGGUCGCAGUCUUCCCGGUCAGUAGUCCAUCGAAGCCUCCCCGUGCCAAUGCUCCAAGUCCGACCAAACCUGUGGCGGCGACACACUCGAAAGUUGCCCGUUCAUCCGACCCGUCAGGACAGGCUGUGGCCUGUUUCGACGUGGUAGACGAGGACAAGUUCCCUCGUAGCCAGUGGGAGGACAGCGACGUGACAAGUGUUCGAGGAGCUACUUACGGGGACAGGGAGCACAACCUAGCUCAUCUGAUUGGUCUGCUAGACAACUUUUGCAAAGUUGGACAAACUAUUUUUUUCUUCGGGAAGGCGCACGCGUCUGCCGUGUGGGAGCUCCUCCGCAGCGGUCGGAACGUCGUUGCGUUAAAGGACGAGGCGAAAAAGAUCGAUUACCUUUGCGAGUUCGUUAAGACACGCGUGGGGAACCUUGUCCAGACCACCGGCGAACGGAACUGGGAUUCCAAACGUGAUAUGUUGAUGAUGAAGGGGAAGGUGUUCCUCGGACGGAGAUAUAGCACGUCCUCUGCCGGUUUGAAGCGUAUAUUUGAGCGCGAAACAGUCGAGGACCAAUCUUCUGAUGACGAGGAAGAAGAGCGAGACUAUGAUGCCGAACUUGGUGACAAGCUCCCUAGGGACCAUGAUACCUGGGAGAAUGACAGGCUCUUCUUCUACGGGAAGCAUCACCGGUUCACGCCGGAGGAUGUUUGGGGCCACAACGUUGUCUGGCACCCCAGGAAAUUCCAACCUGCUGUCAAGACUGGAAAGUGGGUCAUGGCAAUGAAGGAAGCCGAUGGCAAGUGGACUGGCAUGAACAGACAGGGAGCGGGUCCCUUUAAGAAAAAGGCGAGAGAAACUUUGGUGGAGCAUUUGAGGGUUAUGAACCCCGACAGGAGCCUGCCGAACGUUAAUGCGUAUGCAAGCCAAAAGCUAGAUGAGUUGUACGCCAACAAAAUGUUGGAGUUUCAAGCGCUUUUCUACGCACUGGAGACGGCACCGUCUCGUGGCAUUGACUGGCGCAUGCCGCAAACUCCGUCGGGUGGUCAACAUCCGGGAGGCGGUAGGCGAGGUGAUGGAGGAGAUAGCGCAAGACCCGGUGGAGGAGGUAACGGAGGAGACGGCUUAGGAUCAGGUAGUGACGAAGCAAAGGGGAAGGGGGCAGGCGAAACGUCAUCGAAACCAAAGGGCUCCGGCGGAAAACGGUUCGGCGAAAAAGAGUCCGGCGGAAAGGGGUCGGGCGAAAAGGGGUCGGGCGGAAAGGGGUUGAGCGGAAAAGGGCCGUGCGAAAAGCGUAGAGCGUUCAGGAGACCCGGUGGAGGAGGUGACGGAGGAGACGGCUCAAGAUCUGGUGGUGACGAAGCAAAGGGGAAGGGGGCAGGCGAAACGUCGUCGGAACCAAAGGGCUCCGACGAAAAAUGGUCCGGCGAAAAAGGGUCCAGCGGAAAGGGGUCGGGCGGAAAGGGGCUGGGCGGAAAAGGGUCGGGCGGAAACCGUACAGCGUUCGGAAGUCACGAGUCUAGCGGAACUGAAAGCCGUUGCGAAGGGAGUCGAGACUCGGGCAUGCGAGACAAGGCGGCCCUGAGGUCUUAUCGAGUGCGAGUACAUUCGCACUUGUCUGCGAGGACUUUGUUUCACGACGCCGACAAGCGCAAAGUGCUGGAGGGGCCCGCUGCAGGAGUGUUGGGGAGCAGGCCUAGCGAGUAUGAUCGUUACGCUUCGGAGGGUGCUUCCAUUGAUUUCGAGAGCAAGAAUGCAGCGGAUCCGGGGGAAGAGGAGCGGUCACAGGACACACAUGUUGUGCACCGGAAAGAGGUGACUCAACACUCUCCGCCUAGCAGAGUGUCGGAUGAUCUCGACGCAGGAGUGUUGGAGACUGGGCCUAGCGGCCAUCUAAGUCAUCCUUCGGAGGUGGUGUCCGUCGACUUAGAGAGCAAGAGUGCACCACCUCGAGGAAAAGGGGACCUCUCACAAGAAGCGCAUGCUGCGCAGCGGGAAGAGGAAACUCAACAUUGGCCGCCUCACGACGUGCGGGAGGGGCUCGAUGCAGGAGUGUUUUUGAGACCGAUGCUAGCGAGCAUGAUUGUCAUGCUUCGACAGGGCGCGUCCGUCAAUGUUGAGAGCAAGAGUGCAACAGCUUUGGGGGAAGAGGACCUCUUACAAGAAGCGCAUGCUGUGCAGCCGGAAGUCGGGUCGGGCGGAGGUGAAAGCCACUGCGAAGGGAGUCGAGAUUCCAACACGUGAGACGAGGCCGCCCUGGGUCUUAUGAAGUGCAAGCAGAUUCGC